AUGAACUUAGCAGACCCGGAAUUGGAGCUGAUAGACCCGACACCCAAUGUUCAUAUGCUGUUUAUACAAUUCGACAAAAUAUUCUUUUACACGAAACUUGCAAGCAGAGCCGUGGUGCGGUGGAGUAAACGAAUGUAUUCUUGUGCUGGGAUAUGUUCGUAUGAUAGGGGAGGACUCUGUGAUAUAGCUCUCAGUGAACCCCUGCUGAAGUUGAGGCCUCGCAAGGAUCUAAUCGAGACACUUCUACAUGAAAUGAUUCAUGCGUACCUGUUUGUCACAUGUCAAGAUCAGGACAGAGAUGGUCAUGGACCCAAUUUUAAGUCACACAUGUAUAGAAUCAACAGUGCAGCCGGCCUUAAUAUCAGUAUCUAUCAUGAUUUUCAUGAUGAGGUAAAACUUUAUCAAACUCACUGGUGGAGAUGCGACGGUCCAUGUCAAUCAAGGAAACCACACUUUGGUAUUGUUCGAAGAACUAACAACAGAGCUCCAGGACCUUCAGAUUACUGGUGGAAUGAUCAUUUAAGAAAAUGUGGAGGUACCUUCAUUAAGAUUAAAGAACCGGAGAAUCAAGGUAAGAAAAAGACAGCCCCUAAAGUCAAUAACGGAGAUAUCACAAAGUACAUCAACAAUAAAGAUAAAAUAAAGGGUGUCGUAGGUGAUAAAUUGCCCAAACCAAUAUUAAAAGAUAAUAAUAUGGUACAAAAGAAUUUAAUACCUAAGAGUAAUGGCGGUGGGACGAUUGUUGUUAGCAAAAAGAACAAUGUGGUGUUUAACCCGAAACCAACCAAACAAAUUGAACUCUUCAGUGGAACAGGGCAUACUUUAAGUGGUAAAACCACAACACUCCUGGAUAUUGCCGAAACUGUCAGAAGUAUUUGGGCAAAUAAAGAGUUACCUUCUGUGUUACCUGAUAGAAAAGAAGUAAAAAAUAAAGGAAAAGGUAUAGUAGGUGGGAAGAAUGAGAAUUCAGUUAGUGGUAACAAGCAUAAAAGUAAUAGUCCAAAUGAAUAUUCUCCACCCAUGAAAAUUAAGAAAAUUGAUGAUUACUUCAAAAAGAAUGCUCAAAAUGUUUUAAAAGAUAUCUAUGGACAGGAUUUUGAUAUAAAGGAAGUUAAUUCAAACAAACGAUUGUCUGUGGUCGCAGUUGAAAGUGACUUAGUAGAUUGUCCUGUUUGCAGCCAAAAAGUUGCUAGUAAUCAAGUUAACCAACAUUUAGAUGAGUGCCUUAAUAAAGAUUUAAUAGAAAAGAUAUCCAAAGAUGAUAUCCAACCUGUGAUAUUUAGUGAAAUAAGCAAUAAUGUUGUUAAAGAGAUAAAAAAAGAAGUCUCUAAAACAAAUGAUGUAAAUCCAACUUGUAGACAAAUAAAUGAAAAAUCAACGAUAAAAAAUGAAAGUGAUAUACAAAUUAAAAUAGAACCCGGGACUAGUAGAGAUAUAAAGGUCGAAGCGGGUACAAGUAAAUCACACAAUGAACAGAAAUGUCCGUGCUGCGAAAAAAAUAUAAACAAAACCAUGGAUGAACAUUUGGAUGAAUGUUUAGCUUUCUUCAGUGAUCCGACAACAGCACCGAGUGAGGGUGACACCAGUUUGAUAGAAACCAUUGAAAUUGAUGAUGAUUUGGAUGAAUCUCUAACUUUCAAUGCCACCGGCACCAAGUCCCCUUGCCCCUGUUGCCUUCAAAUGAUCGAGCAAGCCGAUAUGAAUUCCCAUUUAGAUUUAUGUUUGAGUUGA